GUGAUGCUAUUUGUUUGUUUGACGAAGGGAUUUGGAGAAAGGACUUUUGGGCAAGAGGAUUGAAGAUGUGAAGGGAGUGGCUUUCCUGUAAAGAUUGUAAGUGGGAGCCAUGAGUAUAAGCCCCAGAGGAAAGGCAGCAUGUUUGAUGACUUAGAGUUACUUUCUGGUAUAAACCACAAGCUAAAGUGGAAGAGGGGUUUCUGUAUUAAGUGGGCCAAUUUACCAGAAAGGCUGCAGUUCCAUCUCUCAGCCCAGAUGUGAGUGAAAAUCAUUGUUUAUUAAAUAUUUUGUUUUUCUAAUAAAGGUAAUUUAUUUAAAGCUUGAUUUUAGGAGAUAAUUAAGGGAAUUCUUUUGUGAUCAGUACAACAACUCCUGCAAGAGGACACAACUAGGGAAAUGGAAACAGCAUAUGAUUUGGAAUCUGAAAAUAUAGAACCGGAGUCCUUUUUUUUGCUUUUGUUUUUCUUUUGUUUUGUUUUGUUGUUUUGUUUGAGACAAGGUCUGUAGCCCAGGCCAGGGUGCAGUGGUGUGAUCAUGGCUCAUUUGCAGCCUUGACCUCCCAGGCUCAAGUGAUCCUCCUGCGUCUGCCUCUCAAGUAACUCAGACCACCAUCUCCAGCUACUUUAUUUUUUGUAGAGUCAGGGUCUUGCUCUGUUGUCCAGGCUGGUCUCAAACUCCCGGGCUCAAGCAAUCCUCCCACCUCAGCUUCUGAAAGUGCUGAGAUUACACAUAUGAGCCACCACACCUGGCCAGGAUUGAAGUCCUGACUCUAAGCAUGUACUUUGGCAAGUCACUUAAUUAUUUUGAGCCUCAAAAAAUUUGUCAUGUGUCAUGUGAGAAUAGAAAUAAUGCCUGUUAAUUAUUUCCUUAUUCACUGAAGACAGAUUCAUUAAGUAUUUAUUAGAUGUUAGGCCUUGGAUUUGUUUGGACCAGGGUUCCCGAAGGAAGAAUUCAGACGUGUAGGGAAGCCUGUAAACUGCAAAGGACUGCCCUAGUUACACUUAGGAGUUUUUACAAAGAUGAUCUUUUUACUUCGAUGUCUCAGUCUUAGAAAUAAAGUAUUUAAUGUGAGUUCCAACAUCUCCCUCCAGAAACUACAAAAAGAAUUGUGAUGGUUUAUUUAAUCUUUUGUAAAUGAUUUCUUCUUAAAUUCUCAGCAAUGGUGCAAAGAAGAUUAUUCACCUUAUAAUUCAAAUGUUAUUUGCCUGGGAAAUGUAUUGUCCAGAAAUUGACUUAGUAAUGAACAGUUUUUUAAAAACCCACAAAAGUAGCAAUGCAAAAUGUAGGCACAUUUAAAGUGAGUCAAGUACUAUUAUAUUAUUUUAACUUUAAAAUGAUGACUCCUGUGGUAAGUGAUUGCCCAAGUUAUAAUGAGUUCAACAAGUUCGUUCUUGUGUGAUUUCUAACACCACAUUUAUAUUCAAAUACUUAAAGGGCUCCUUUCUGGUAAAUCUAAUUUGCUGAGUGGACAUGAUGCAAAAGAUGACCUAUCUUGGCUUGAAUAUCUUUUUAGGGUUUUGAGGUUUCAAGUUUCAAGAAAAUAUAAGCAAUUGAAAUUCCAGGUAGAAAGACUCAAUGCCUCAGGAAGAUAUAUUUAUAAAUUAUUUAUAGUAAUUUGGGGCAAGUGAAAAUGUCUGUAGUUGUAAAAUAUAGUAGGUGUAAUUACAUGUUUUGGCCUUUAAAGUGUCACUUUAAUAAUUACAACUAGAUGAACAUUAAGAAAAAAUUUGGAUGUUGUAUUAACUUGAAAAACUUUCUGUUCAUUAGAUGUAUCCAAACUAAAUGUCACCUUAAUUUUCUUUUAAUGGAGAAUUUUAAUAUUAUUAUUAUUGCUAUUUUAUUAUCUUGGUACUUUACUGGUUCUCUGUAGCUUAAUCAUUGGGACGCAGAUUUAAGCACUGUUGUUCUUGGAAUACGGUAGCCCAGUUUGUUUACUCAGAAAAAUGUUAAAUAGCAAAAUGGCAGAAAGGUAAAUGUUGUACUAUUAAACAUAAUUUUAUUUGUAACACUUGUCACAGUAAAAUGCAGGAGCAAACACUGAAAUGGAGUAUGAAAACUCUGUGUUUUCACAAAUUUAACUGUUCUCUGCAACUAGAUUAACACAUGAUCUUGAUUUGAAAUGGAACUCAUAGUCUGUAAUGAAAGUUGGUGUAACCAUCCAUAGUUUCAGGGAUAUUUCUUUUAGAAACAGGUUAUGCUGCUUCCUAAUUUGCAGUUAUGCUUGUUGGACUCCUGUAUAGGUAUAGCUAGCCUCGUUUGAGCUGGUGUAUUUCUCUUCACACCAAUGGAUGCCUUUCCUGAAAUCACAGUUUGUUGUUGUUGUUUUAUGUACUUUUACAUACAUGAUUAUGCCCACAGGUAACAGGAAACCAGGAUUUCAAAAAAAAACUUGAUCAGGUUGCUAGAUAAAACAGGCAUCCUAAACAAGUGUGUGAAUGCCCAGAGGCUUUCUGUUGCUGCCAGAAGUACAUACUUUUUUGAUUGGUAAGAACUGCCAGAUGACGCUUCAUGAAAUAUAAAUGCAACAAAGACGCAGAGAGCUCAAUAAAAACCUUCCACCCGUCAGUCUGGAAGGAUAAGAGAAAGAAAGUUAAGCAACUACAGGAAAUGGCUUUGGGAGUUCCAAUAUCAGUCUAUCUUUUGUUCAAUGCAAUGACAGCACUGACUGAAGAGGCAGCCGUGACUGUAACACCUCCAAUCACAGCCCAGCAAGGUAACUGGACAGUUAACAAAACAGAAGCUGACAACAUAGAAGGACCCAUAGUUUUGCAGCUCUCACACUCUUGCCUGAAAGAUCAUAACAGCUACUGCAUCAACGGUGCUUGUGCAUUCCACCAUGAGCUAGAGAAAGCUAUCUGCAGGUGUUUUACUGGUUAUACUGGAGAAAGGUGUGAGCACUUGACUUUAACUUCAUAUGCUAUGGAUUCUUACGAAAAAUACAUUGCAAUUGGGAUUGGUGUUGGAUUACUAUUAAGCGGUUUUCUUGCUGUUUUUUACUGCUAUAUAAGAAAGAGGUGUCUAAAAUUGAAAUCGCCCUACAAUGUCUGUUCUGGAGGGAGACAACCACUGUGAGGCCUUUAUAAGGAGUUUUCAUCAAGGCAUCUGCAGAGAUCAGUGGGCCCAAAAUUAAAGUUUUCAGAUGAAACAACAAAACUUGUCAAGCUGACUAGACUUGAACAUAAUAAAAUUUGGGAUCACAAUGAAAUGAGAUGAUGAAAUUCAGCGUUGGCCUGUAGACUUUCCCAUCAUGAAGGAGUGAUGGAAGUCAAGUGAACAAGCUGCAGUGGCAGAAGUCAACUUCAUAGUUUCACUCUUUUGUUGUUGUUGUUGUAUGGUUAUUAUUCUCACUACAGAAAGACUGAGUUUCAUGCUCCUGACUGUGUCAGGUAUGAAUUUUCAUGGGACUAAUAAUCAGCUUUGCAGCAAGCCAAAGCAAUGCCUCAUUUGGGUUCUUCAUGUUCUACUACCCAGCGUUUUUUACCACCUAGAUGGGCCUCUCUAUUUGCUCAAUGAACCUUAUCCCAAACUUGUUGUUUUCAUGGUGACUAAAAGCAAAUCAGUGUUAAGGUACCUCAAGUGAACCAAACACGUGUCUUAAAUCUAAGCCGCUGAAAAGAGAAUGGAAUGUCCAAGGCAAAUACAAAUCAUACACAGCUUGUGACAAAUAUACAGCCUUUAUAUGUGAAAUAUGGAAUAAGCUAAAGAGUUUCUGAAGACUGAAGCUCUCUGGAUAUCAAGUCUGGAGUAGGCAAAGGAUCUCCAUUUCUACAUAGAUUAUAAAACUUUGUGUUGGACUCAUUGGUCCAUAAUGCUUUUGUUCAUCCUUCUUCCAGUUAUCUGUGGAAUUACCUGGUAACCAUUCGUUUGGACAGAAAUCCUUGAAGUCUCCUACUGAAUAAAAGUCUACAAUUGGCCCUAAAAUAGAAACUGAAGAACAGAACAUAGAAGUUUUUCACCAGCCCACAGCAUGUGAAAACUUUAUCAAUUUUGAACACUUGUUAACAAAUUUGCACAUGGAGAGGAAAAAAUGGAGUCACAGUUGAAAUAACUAAGAAUCAGUGUCCAGGCUGGGCGCGGUGGCUCACGUCGGUACUCCCAGCACUUUGGGAGGCCGAGGCAGAUGGAUCACCUGAGGUCAGAAGUUUGAGACCAGCCUGACCAACAUGGUGAAACCCUGUCUCUACUAAAUGCAAAAAUUAGCUGGGCGUGGUGGCACUGGCCUGUAAUCCCAACUACUUGGGAGACUGACUCAGGACAAUCUCUUGAACCUGAGAGGCAGAGGUUGCAGUGACCCGAAAUGGUGCCCCUGCUCUCCAACCUGGGCGACAAGAGUGAAACUCCAUCUCAAAAAAAAAAAAAAAAAAUCAGUAUCCUUCCUCUUAGUUAUAUUUCUGCCAUUUAAUUCGAACAGUCUUAUGCAGGUUGCUCAAUUUAUUUGGGCUUUGGUUUCAUAUUCGACAAGACCAUUGUAGCUCUAAAACUUGACAAUGAAAAGAAGAAAAUGUUUUUUCCAAAUCUGUAGUGCCAGUGAAAUCCUCAACAUCAGCAUGUUGAGAUGGACCUCAGCCCCACCUCUAACCCUGAAACACACCACUGGAUAUUAUCUUAGGUGUAUAUUUUAGUUUGUAAAAUAAUAAUUUAUUGUUAAAGGAAAUAUAAAAUAUUAAAGAGUAAUAAUAGCUGUCAUUUUUUAAGGUUCAAUUUAAAACAAUGGACUCUUUUUUUUCCCAUUUGUGAUGUAGAUAAGCAAGACAUUUUUGAUCACGAGUGGUGAAAAGAGGAUCAAACUUGAGUAUUUUUGCAAUGGCAGUCCAGCAACAAGCCUUUUAUUUACAUUAAAUAACAGUUUUUUAUUCAUUCCUAAACCAAACUUUAAAUUCUGCUUUCCUUUGAGUAAAAGGUAUUUAACUUGUUUUGUUUUUCCUUCAGAAGAAAUUUAAUGCAAAUGGAUUGCAGUCAGCACUUUCUGAAUGUUCUCACACAGUAUGCAAAGCUUACAUCAUACCAAGGAGUGGGGCAAUGAAGUUUCCUCCCAGUGACUCCAGUGACAGACCACACCUAGAAAGCGAUUCUCUUCCUAUUUCAAAAAGAUUUAAAAGAGCUGGGGAGAGUAUGGGAAGAAACAAUACAGGAUUGCCUGUAAUUAAUUAAGAACUGCCUCCUGACACAAGGAGAAAGAAAUUAAUGCUAGAGUCUGGAGGGGUGAUAACCUUAAAAGUUUUAAAUAUUUGUUGUCUACACUUGUAAAUUAUAAACACAAUGUAAUUAAAGUUAGAACAUCAGGAAGAGAAUUAAAAUCCUCAAGUUGCAAAACCAAAAUGUUAACUAAAAGAAAUUCUCACAGAGAUUCAACUUUUUUCACCAAUAGAAUAGUACUUACUAACAACAUAAAGCCCACCCUGUGAGAUUGUAGAGAAACUGAAUGUGGUUUACGAUAACCAUCUGUUUAUGAUAUUUCUUUUCUCUCUCUUUUUUAAAUUGAGAUGGAGUCUUGCUCUGUCACUA